AUGGCUACCUAUGCGAGCGAUGACACUUUCCACCCAAAAACCGCUGACUUUCUCAAAUGGCUGCGAGAGCGCCCAGGCACGACAAUUAGCCGCAAGCUGGAGAUAAUCGAUCUGAGGGACCACAAUGCUGGCAGAGGAAUAGGUAAUAGACUCAGCCCAGAAUCUUUGGUCUCCAUACUUGCUGAAAGUCCAGUAGUUGCUGUGGAAGACAUAGAAGAAGAUGAGGAGCUCUUCAGAAUCGCCCAGUCUGAUGUUCUUACCGUCCAAAACUCGAGCCUUCAGAAAGUCAAGCCACACCUACUCGAGCGUCUCGAUCCAUGGAAUUCACUAGUCCUCGUUAUGAUAUAUGAAGAUGGCUUGGGUAAAGAAUCAAAGUGGUGGAACUACCUUCAAUUGUUGCCCACAAAUUUCGACACCUUGAUAUACUGGUCUUUAUCCGAGUUAGCGGAGCUGGAGGGCAGUGCUGUGCUGAAUAAGAUAAAAAAAGAUGACGCUGACGAGUCUUUCCAAAAGUUUCUAUUGCCAGUCGUGCAACAGCAGCCUGAGGUUUUUGGUCGGCAUGCCCAUGACUUUGUUGGUUCCAACGCAUCCACCGUUCUACUCAACCUUGCUCACAGAAUGGCCACCUUGAUUAUGGCUUAUGCUUUCGAUGUAGAAAAAGAGACAUCUACUUCUGAAGAAGAAGACGAGGAAGAAGAAGAUGAUGGCUUCUCUCAAUCAGCCUACGAGAUGAACAAGGGACUGGUCCCCUUGGCCGACCUGUUCAACGCCGAGGGUGACAUGAACAAUGCUCACUUGAUCCAACAAGGAGAUGGCAUGACAAUGGUCGCGAUUAAACCCAUUCUCAAAGACCAACAGAUCUUCAAUGAUUUUGGCCAAUUGCCUAGGUCAGAUUUACUUCGGCGCUACGGCUACGUUACUGACAAUUACAAGAAAUGGGAUGUCGUUGAAGUGGAUGUUGAGACGCUUGUGUUCGCUGCUAGCAAAUAUAAUCAACUUGAUAACAGAGAGCGAGAUGCCAGGCUCGAGCUUGCAGCAACGUGGCAAGUAUUGCAAGACGGCUAUGACCUUAGUCGUCCACCAGAGAAGGGAUCGCUUGAAUUUGAUCAAUCGCUCAUACUUACUAUCACCGCGUUGUUGCUUGAUACGGAUGCUGCUAAGCAAGCAAUUGCUAGGACACGGACGCCAAAGCAGCCACCACUACACCUGCUGAAGACGUUGCGUUUGGUUCUCAAAGAAAUCAUAUCUGACAGACAGAAAGCCUACAAAACGACACUGGCUGAAGAUAUCGCUCUGUUACACGACCUGACUGUGCAAGGACGGCGGAGAAUGGCUAUCGAAGUUCGUCUAGGAGAGAAGGAAGUUCUCUCCAUGGCAGCUCUCCGGGUCGACGAUACAAUUGCCGACAUUAGAGAGGACGAGAGUACGAGUCACGUCAAGAGGAGAAAGAUCUCACCUCACAACACAUCUUUGUCGGGCCUUUCCGAAGCCUACUUCGAAAUCCACAUACAACCUAGCUCGACGGCUUGUGUCUAUCUCAACAACAGCGGCUUUGGGUGGCGCUCGAGGAAGCCGGUCAAUACUCGUUUCAGAUGGCUUGCUUGUGGUCAAUAA